AUGGCUCCCAGCAAGUACGUCACGCUCGUCUCGGCCGAGGGCUUCGAGUACGUCCUGCCACGUGAGGCCUGCCACGCCAGCCAGAUGCUCAGAACCUCGGUCGAUCCCGACAAGCACUUCAAGGAGAACCGGGAGACGGUCGUGAACCUACCCGAGAUGAGCGCCGUCGUCCUAGAAAAGGUAGUCGAGUACCUGCUCUACUGGUACAGAUACCAGGACAAGGAAGACGUUCCGGACAUGGAGAUACCAGUCGACAUGUGCCUCGAGCUGCUGACGGCCGCCGACUACCUCCAGAUGGACAGUGAGCACAUGCUGCAGCCGUCGAGCAAGAGGGCUUGA